CUGGUGCCCACAGAGCCGCGGACACACCGGGGAAACUUAACGCUCAGCUGUGUGGUUUAUGUGAAGGGAUUUCUGUGGAAACACCGGGAGCUUCACGGCAGUGCCUUCACCGGAGAGACAUCACACAGAGAGGGGGAGGAGGAGCGCUGAUUCACGGCUUGCAGGAGGAAGGAGAGGACCUGGAGAUCCAUCUCUAAUCUUAAAAUACCGACCCCCCCCCCCUCUCCUCCCACUCACCCAUCCUCCCCCUCCCCGACACUGACAGCUCUGCGACCCGGUCAGUCAGACAGGGAGGAUCUGUGGAGGGUCUGUGGAGGAUCUGUGGAGGAGAACCAUCACCUCUGGACGCUUUUCAUCCGAGCACCGAGGGGGGAGCAGCCGCUGCAUGAGGACCAGACCGCGGCUCCAGAGCACCGGGGGCUUCAGCAGCUCCGAACGGCGAGAUCACACUGAGGAGAAAUAAUACAAAUAAAGGGGGCGUUCAGGAGCUAUUUCUACAUAAACUCCCCGGAAUAGAAACCAGGUGGUGGGUGGAGACGAAGCACAGCCCAGUGCUGGAUCCCGGGGGGUCUGUCAGCCUGGUAAGGACCCUUGAGACGACGGAGGGUUUAUGGAGGGUUCAGGAUCCGUGAAACCGGGGUCGACAGCCUGCCUCUGGGUGUGGCUGCUCUCUGCUGCCGUCGCCUUCCUGUGCACGGAGGCUCGCACCACCCCAAGCCCCUUAAUCACCCCCAGCAAUGCCACCUGCUCGGGGAACUCCAAAUGCAGAGCGGGGAUCAUCUUGCCCAUCUGGUACCCCGAGGACCCCUCCAUGGGGGACAAGAUCGCCCGGGUCAUUGUGUAUUUCGUGGCCAUGAUCUACAUGUUCCUCGGGGUGUCAAUCAUCUCUGAUCGCUUCAUGGCCGCCAUCGAGGUCAUCACUUCACAGGAGAAGGAACUGGUCAUCAAGAAGCCCAACGGGGAAACGACCACCACCACGAUCCGGGUGUGGAACGAAACCGUGUCCAACCUCACCCUCAUGGCCUUAGGAUCCUCGACCCCUGAGAUCCUGCUCACGUUAAUCGAGGUCUGUGGACACGGGUUUGUAUCUGGAGAACUCGGGCCGGCUACUAUUGUGGGCAGCGCAGCCUUCAAUAUGUUCGUGAUUAUCGGCAUCUGCGUGUCUGUGGUUCCCCAAGGAGAGGUGCGUAAGGUCAAACACCUGCGAGUUUUUUUCGUCACGGCGGGAUGGAGCGUGUUCGCCUACAUCUGGCUCUACAUGAUCCUGGCUGUGUUUUCCCCGAAUGAAGUCCAGGUGUGGGAGGGUCUGCUUACGCUGGCCUUCUUCCCCAUAUGCGUUUUCCUGGCUUGGAUAGCGGACAGAAGACUGCUCUUCUUCAAGUUCAUGCACAAGAAGUACCGCCACGACAAACACCGGGGGGUCAUCAUCGAGACGGAGGGGGAGCGCUCGAAGGGCAUCGAGAUGGACGGCAAGAUGGUGAACUCGCACUUCAUGGACGGAAGCGCCACCAGCAAUCUCAUCGGGUUGAUCGAGAACAAAGAGGUGGACGAAUCCCGGCGAGACAUGAUCCGAAUCCUGAAGGAUCUGAAGCAGAAGUACCCGGAGAAAGAGCUGGAUCAGCUGGUGGAGAUGGCCAACUACUACGCCCUGUCGCACCAGCAGAAGAGCCGCGCCUUCUACCGCAUCCAGGCCACCCGCAUGAUGACGGGCGCCGGAAACAUCCUGAAGAAACACGUGGCGGAGCAGGCCAAGAAGAGCGUCAGCAUUCAGGAGAUUCACGUGGAGGAACCGGAGGAAUACGUGUCCAGGAUCACCUUCGACCCCGCCGUCUACCAGUGCCUCGAGAACUGCGGCGCUGCGAUAUUAACCGUCACCAGAAGGGGCGGCGACAUCAACAAGACAAUCUACGUGGAUUACAAGACGGAGGACGGAUCGGCCAACGCUGGGGCCGACUACGAGUUCUCCGAGGGCACGGUGGUGUUCAAACCAGGCGAGAUGUUCAGGGAGAUCAACAUCGGCAUCAUAGACGAUGACAUCUUCGAGGAGGACGAGCACUUUUUCGUGCGGCUGGGGAAUCUGCGCGUCCUGGAGACGGAGGACGAGGUGCUGUCGCCCAACAGCCUCCCGUACCCGAAGGCCAUGCUGGGAUUCCCCGCCGUGGCCACCGUCACCAUCUUGGACGACGACCACUCGGGCAUCUUCACCUUCGAGAGCGGCUCGGUGCACAUCAGCGAGAGCAUCGGCAUCAUGGAGGUGAAGGUGCUGAGGACUUCCGGAGCGAGGGGCACGGUCAUUGUGCCGUUUCGCACCGUGGAGGCGAUCGCCAAGGGAGGAGGGGAGGACUUCGAGGACAACUACGGAGAGCUGGAGUUCAAAAACGACGAGACCUGCAAACUUGUUCACGUGAAAAUUAUUGACGAUGAGGAGUAUGAGAAAAACAAGAACUUCUUCCUGGAGCUGGCCGAGCCUCGCAUGGUAGACAUGAGUCUGCAGAAAGCCAUGUUGUUAGCAGACGAUGUGUCAGACAGGAAGAUAACGACAGACGAGGAGGAGGCUCGGCGCAUCGCGGAGAUGGGGAAGCCGGUGCUGGGGGAGAACUCCAAGCUGGAAGUGAUUAUCGAGGAGUCGUACGAGUUUAAGAGCACGGUGGACAAGCUGAUCAAGAAGACCAACCUGGCUCUGGUGGUGGGAACCAACUCCUGGAGGGACCAGUUCAUGGAGGCCAUCACCGUCAGUGCAGAUGAGGAGGAGGACGAGAGCGGGGAGGAGCGUCUGCCGUCCUGCUUCGACUACGUCAUGCACUUCCUCACCGUCUUCUGGAAGGUUCUGUUUGCCUGCGUUCCUCCCACUGACUACCUGAACGGCUGGGCGUGCUUCAUCACCUCCAUCGCCAUCAUCGGCAUGCUCACCGCCGUCAUCGGAGACCUGGCGUCGCACUUCGGCUGCACCAUCGGGCUCAAGGACUCCGUCACCGCCGUGGUGUUCGUGGCCCUCGGUACCUCCGUCCCAGACACCUUUGCCAGUAAGGUAUCGGCGGUGCAGGACACGUACGCCGACGCCUCCAUCGGGAACGUGACCGGCAGCAACGCCGUCAACGUGUUCCUGGGCAUCGGCCUGGCCUGGUCGGUGGCGGCCAUCUACUGGCACAUGAAGGGGAAGCCGUUCGUGGUGGAGGCCGGAUCGCUCGCCUUCUCCGUCACCCUCUUCACAAUCUUCGCCUUCCUGGCCAUCUCGGUGCUGCUUUACCGGCGCCGCGCCCACAUCGGAGGGGAACUGGGUGGUCCGCGGGGUCACAGACUGGCCACGUCCGCCUUCUUAUUCGGCCUCUGGUUCCUCUACAUCCUGUUCUCCAGCCUGGAGGCCUACUGUCAUAUAGAGGGCUUUUAAACAGGGGAAUACAAACAUGCAGGGGUUUAAAGUACAACUUCAGAGGGUGGCUUCUCACUGUGGGAUUUUUUGGUCUUGUAUGGUUUGUAUGAACAGGAGAGGUUUGGUUUUCCCAGACGCUUCUAUCUCUCUCCCUCAACCCUUUCUGUAAGGAUGCUCGGAGGCAAGUUUCCUGCAGCAGAAGAUCGCCGUCCUGAGCCGGCGCCAGUUCGCUUACAUUUGGGAUUGGGUCACCAUCGAGUCCAGAAGAUGCCACGCAGACCUGGAAGAGACUGAAGUCUUAUAUCCGGAGAGGGUUGAGUUAAUCAGAGGUCUAUAUUUUUCUCAACGUCUGACGAGAACGACUUUUUCUAAAAAGUAUUUUGGGGAUAAAAACGCAACAAAUAUAAUAAAACAAAAAAAAACACACACAAACACAAAUAAAGGAUUAAAAGAACUAUUUUCUGAUCAAUGUUAAGGAAUAGCAAAAUAUCGUAAAUGGGGAAUAUGUUGUUGAGUGACUGUGGGAUGGAUUUAUAGUAUUUAUUUUUUAUUUGCAUAGUUUCCUAAGGAGCACUGCAGAGUUCUCAGAAAUCACACGAAGAAGAAGAAGAAGAAGAAGAAGAGCGAUCGUGAUGGUGGACACAGUGAACAUGGUCAAACUGCCCUGAACAUUACUUCCGUACUCUAUACGUAUCUAUAUAUAAUAUAUUUCCAUAUUUUCUGUAUAUUUUGAAUAUUUGUUUAAAUGUGGUCACUUUCUGCUCUAAGGAUUGCUGUGGCUAAACGGGAGGGGCGGGGGGGUCAAACUAUAUACUGGAACGAUGUCUUCUUCACAUUUCUAAGAGUUAUGUAUCUUGCCUAGGUAAAAAUAGGACAUUGUAUUUUAUUUAUUUACUGAUAUCUUGGUCUCACUCGAGUUUUCAACUUUUCAAUCAGAAAUCCUAUAAAAACAAAAAAAAAACAUGUUGCUGCAGAAAUAAAUUAAGAGGUAUUUUUCUACUGUUCCUUCCAUGCACUUUGCUGUAUAGAUCUAUUUAUUGAGACUUCUACUUGUACAUGUGCAAAAGGCCAAUAUUUAAGGUGUCACUAUGGACCGAACAGAGUGCCUGUGGAGCUGCAGCCGCCCACACUGAGCUGAACAACUGAAGAGCUUCUUCCAGAACCGCUUUUAAAGCUGCCUUUAUAAAAUGUGAGAUUUGAAUACAAAGCAUGUCAUCACAUAACCUUAAUUGCUGCUAGCUGCUGUUACGUUAGCUUCUCCAACUGCAACAUUGGUGUUGUCUGUGCCUGAAUCCCUGGCAUUACAGCAUUAAACAUAAUCUUGGGCUCUACUUUAUUAAAUAAGUAAAUGAGUACACAAUUCUUUCCAAAUUAAACCACCAGGCAUUUGCAUACAAAAAAAUGUAUGCAGAAAUGUCUUGUUAAAGGUGGGGUAGGUAAGUUUGAGAAACCGGCUUGAGAUACACUUUUUGUUAUAUUCCAUGGAAUGCUCUUAAC